CACAUAAACAGACACAGGCACGCAUGGGCUGAGAAAGCAGUGCUGCAAAGACAACUACAAGUGCUGAGAAUAGUCAGGAGACCAAUUGUUCAGAAGCUAAGGAGACGACUUUACCAAGUGUCAAAGGUUGCAGAACAUGGAGGACACAACAGCAGUCAUGGCCACCAACUCAUUCCAGAGAAGGCAGUGGGCCUCCCAGUCUCUGCGCAUCACAGCCAACGAACUGUCCAUCGUGGGCAAGAAUACAGCCAUUGCUGAGCGCUUCUCCAAGUACCAAAAAGCAGCAGAGGAGACUGGCGUAGAGAAGAAGAAAACCGCUUCGGAGGACGUGCCCUCACCUCGGCGCCGUGGCAACCUGAGUGCGCUGAAGAAGCGCUGGGAGCAGCCCCCCGUGACCCCUACGACGUACCCCCACACACGCCCAUCGAAGCCCACUCCCAACUCUCAACAGCCAGAGAAGGCAACAGUCUCGCCACUAUCCUCAGAACCGGUCCAGGAAUCAACAACUACCAACGAGAGCCGAGCGUUGCCCACAGACACCCCGACGGAGCCUGCGGUUGUCCCGGUCCCCCAGGAUCUGCAGUACCAGGAGAAGCCAGCCAUGGAGAACCAGGAGCAAGAGGAGCCUGCAACUGCGCCCAGCGUGGCCAUCGAGAAGCCCAACGUGCCUCUUACCAGCCUGAAGAUGAUGUUUGAGAAAGGGGAGAACAUGCAGAACAAAGUACCCAAGGAGCCGGGCCGAAUGGGAGCAAGCAGCAGCAUGCCUGAAAACAUGCAUCUACAAACCGACAAAGAAAAAGUUGAGACUACCCCUCUGCGGGACAGGAUGGCCAUCUACCAGGCAGCUGUGUCCAAACAGGAUGUCUUCACCACACCGACUCGGACUAAUGACUCCAUGGACACAGAGCCGCACGCUUACAUCAUGAAGCAAAAGGAGAAUGUGCCCCCAAGCAUUGUGGAGAUGUCCGUCUCUGAGCCCAAUAGCAGGAAAGGUUCCUCCACAGACAGCAAUGGAACUGCACCUUCAUCUCCCCAUGAUCCAACUCAGCCUAAAUCGCUUAAGAAGUUCCGUUUGCCUGCGCGGGAGACCUGUGUGAUGUGUCAGAAGACUGUUUACCCGCUGGAGCGCCUGGUGGCCAAUCAACACGUCUACCACAACACAUGCUUCCGCUGUGCCCACUGCAACACCAAGCUGAGCUUGGGGAACUACGCAUCUCUGCACAGCAAUGUCUACUGCAAGCCCCACUUUUGCCAGCUCUUCAAGGCCAAGGGCAACUAUGACGAGGGGUUUGGACACCGGCCCCAUAAGGAGCUGUGGGAGGGAGCAGUCAAAGGAACACCGGAGGAGCAGCCUAAAGUGACCCCGUCUGCAGAUAAACUCACCAGCCCUACAGUGGAGGAGUCCCCGUUAGCCAAGGUGAACGUGCUGGCGGCCUCUCUCGAGACCCGCUCGGUGUCCAGCACCAGCACUCCAGAGAAGGCUGCAGGUGGUUCCGUAGAGCGUCUGACCGAGACGCGCCGGUUGAAGAUUUCCUGGCCCCCCCGGGCUGACUCCUGUGAUGGAGGCGAUGCGGAGGAGGUGGUGGUCCCUGAGAGCCUUAGUCCAGCGCCUGAGAGCAGUCCUGUCGUCAGAUCUGUUCUGGCCAAGUGGCCUCCCGAAGGGGAUGCCCUGACCCUUGCCCCGAGCCCAGAGCUGUCGGAGCUGUCCAGCCUGCAGAGGAGCUCCUCGCUCAAAGAGCGCAGCCGGCCGUUCUCCCUAACUCCCACCUCGGCCUCAGUCCCUAAAGACGCUUGCUUCUCCAAGCCUGAGCCAGUGGAGACCUCCAGAGAUGAUCAGGAACAACCCUCAUCCCCUCAUCCCCAGAGGCCUGACGCUGACGAUGCACCACUAAGUGACGAAAUCUGUGGGAAUGACUUGGAAGGGGAGGAGCUAAAUGAAGAUGCAAGUUCGACACAAGAAGUGGGUCAUAGGUCGGAGGAGGAGGAGGAGGAGGAGGAGGGGGAGGAGGAAGAAGAGGAAGAGGAGUUGGGAAGUGAUGGUGAGGAGAUGGAAGCAGAACAGGGAGAUGAAGAUGACGUAACAUCUCCAGAAUGCCUGGCAUCUCCAGAAUGCCAGCCGUCUCAAAUGGACACCACACCUCCAGCAUCUCCGUCGCCUGAAUCGCAGGAAAACCGUGCUUCCCAGGACGUGGGCUUCUGGGAAGGAGAGGAGGCUGAAGAGAACCAAGAGGAGGUGUCUGUGGAGGAGCUAAUCAAACGAAACCGUCAUUAUGAGGAGGAAGAACAGGACAACUAAGGAUGUGGCGGGAUAAAGCCAUCAAGACGUUGGAUUGACACAUUGGAUUAAUUGAACGAUAUGGAUCUGUCUCCUUUUAACUGAAGCGAACUCUAAAGACCAAUCUAAGAUCUCCCUGUUCAGUGCUGGUGCAGGGCUGCUUCAGUCUGAGUUCUGUCUCUUCAGGUGCCUGUGAAUGUUGCAAAGAACCAAAAACAACUAAUAAUGGAGAUCUCAAAUAUAUGCAGGACCAAGACACACCUCACUCAUAUAACCAUCUUAUAAUCAAUUUUAAACAUUUUUUUUAUGUCUGUCAAUAGGCCUUUAUAUGUCUUCAUUCUUUAUUCCUGGUUUUGUGUGUAUUAAAUCUAUGAAUUCAACCAGCAAUGUUUUCAGAUUGUAUACUAGUACACUACACUAAUACUAGUGUGAUAUUUGUGACCUUCAAAUUCAUUUUUUCCAUGUUCAAUGUUGGACCUCAAAUUUGUCUUGAAGAUAAAGGGGGAUAUUCUGAACCAUGUCGAUGUAUUUGAUGUUGCUGAGUCACCCAUUACACCACUGUUGCUCAUUAUCUCACCAGGAAAGGAUUCCAGCUCUUAUUUGUGUUUUGUCCUUUUAUAUAAUUUUAUGUUAAAGUGUUUUUUGUUUUGUUGUUUGUUGUUGUUGGUGGUGGGGGGAUGUCAAUUCACUUAUUGUCUCAGUUUAUCAAAUGAUUGCACAAUGUGGGCUCCCUGAGCAGCUUGAAUGGGUUAGGUUGAGCUUUGCACAAUUCAACCAUUUUGAACAUGAGACCAGUAUACUGAAAUAAAUCAUUUCUGUA